AUGACCAACGGACCACAACAUGCCUGCAACAAAGGGCAAGCACACACGCCCCGAACCCUAGAAUGCACUGACACACAGCAGCUGCAAACGGAGGAUUCCCAAACACCUGAAGGCUGUAACAUGAGGGAGCACAUAAAUGGAACCACACGCCAACCCGCCCUUCCCCUCUUCUCAGCCCUCGAUCUCCCACAUGGUCGCCCACACAGCACAAACACAGUACAGACCCUAGAAGAGGGCGAUGCGGCAGCGGGGGUGAGGGGGAGGGGGUAGGGGGAGUAAACUGAUAGGACACCCCUAUUCCCUCCCUUUUAUUCUGUACCCUUCCCCGACCCAAAGAGCUAG